GAGGUCACUCUCAGUUCCCGUUUGUCUGUUCAAGUCACUCGAUGUGUCACAUUGUCGCUCAGGCAGGAGAAGACAAAGUUACCAUUUAUGAUCUGCUUCAAAAUUCUAAUACUACACCAUGGAAGGCUUUGUCAUACCACCUGCCUCUGAGGAAAUUAUUCAACAUGAGCCGGAGAGUUAUCGAGCACCAACAGAGUUGUACCCUUACCUCACUAACGUGGGGGACGUUUUUGAAGACUACAGAUGGAGCUACCACCCGGAGCAUGUCCAGCCUGCGGACCUUGACCAUUUUCCGGCGAGUCAUUUAACAGAGCUGCAGUGCGUUGCUCCUCAACAAAUUCAACCUUUUCGAUAUAACACUGAUGGUCAUCUUCACCUGGAACCGCCUCUCACGGUGCUGCCACAAAUCUCAAAUUACACAUCAUCACUGUACUAUCAGUACCAAAGCCCAGUGUCGUCCGUCCAGUACUAUUCAGAAGAGGAAAAGAGAGCUGUCAGCCCCCCACUUGAGGUAUCGGAAGGUGAGGACGCAUCUGAAUACCAUAACCUGCCCUCCAUCAAGAAAGACACAACCGCCAAGAGGAAAAUCCGUUUGUACCAGUUUCUCUUGGACUUGCUGAGAAGCGGCGACAUGAGUGAUUCUAUCUGGUGGGUGGACCAGGAAAAGGGGAUCUUCCAAUUCUCCACUAAACACAAAGAGGCCUUGGCCAGUCACUGGGGAUUCCAAAAAGGAAAUCGCAAACAAAUGACCUACCAAAAAAUGGCUCGUGCUCUGAGGAACUAUGGUAAAACUGGCGAGAUUCAAAAGGUCAAAAAGAAGCUGACUUACCAGUUCAGUGAAGAAGUUCUGAGGAACUGCUAUUCACAACACUGUCACUAAUAACGAUUUUUCGUUUUGUUUUAUACAUAAAUUUGGUAUUGUGGCCUUGCAAGUGCAUUAUUAUUUAUUUGCUUCCUGUGAGCUAGUUGCUGGUUCUCAAAUUUUUCAUUUUAUCAUCUUUUCACUCCAAGAGAAAUAUAGGUAUUAUUGUAAAUACAUUGAUAACUUGUUAUUGCCCUAAUCAAUAAUGUAAUAACAUUUGUCGUACAAGGGGUCAUAUGGUGGGUUAGGGUUACUUGCAAAUUUUUGAAUCCAUUUUGUAAAAUGUUUGCCACCCAUUAAAGCUGAAGCAGAGAAAAGGGUUGAGGGAGAGUGCACCAAUUUUUCUGAGACUGCAGUAACUUUGACAUACUAAGCUGUCGGGUACAGGAGAAAAUAAAGUCUUCCAACCAAA